GACAGUAUUCAAUAGCCAGCAAGCAUAAUACCACGUUAGAAUCACGAUUAUUGGUUUCUUUCUUCGUUUGGAGUAAUAAUUCCUCGUUCGCGGUUCUCCACGCUCGUGUUCCUCUCAAGUAUAGCCGUUUUUAAUUUAAAAAAAAGAAAGUAAAAAGUAAAAAGAGAAUCGCGCCACCAUGGCCGACGAACUCCCCCCUGAACAAAUCGCUGUUCUCCGUAAAGCGUUCGACAGCUUCGACAGAGAGAAGAGCGGCAGCAUACCCACCGACAUGGUGGCCGACAUCCUUAGAUUGAUGGGUCAGCCCUUCAACAAAAAGAUUUUGGACGAGCUCAUCGAAGAAGUCGACGCCGACAAAUCCGGACGCCUCGAAUUCGAAGAGUUCGUCACCUUGGCCGCUAAAUUCAUCGUUGAAGAGGACGCGGAGGCCCUGGAAAAGGAACUUCGGGAAGCAUUCAGGCUCUAUGACAAAGAAGGAAACGGCUACAUCCCGACUACGUGCUUGCGCGAGAUUCUCAGGGAACUGGAUGAUCAAUUGACGGACGAGGAACUCGAUAUCAUGAUCGAAGAAAUCGACUCCGAUGGAUCUGGCACUGUUGACUUUGAUGAAUUCAUGGAGAUGAUGACCGGGGAAUAAACGAUGAACUUUGAAAUGAUCGAUACGUGUCGGUGCACUCAUCAGAUCCGACUCAAAGACAAUACAAGUGCGACGUUUGCAUUCUACUUUCUAAAAUAAUUUGUCUGCGUGUCUCUUAAAAAAGAAAGUCAAAUAGUUGUAAUACAAACGAGAAUGGUGUACGUGAGGUACAAAAGCGUGUAAGGUCAAACGUCAUGUCUCGUGUUCGUUGGUUGUCAGAUUGCUUAGACACGGCUUCGAGCGUCAGGGAAUGGUCUCACGGAUUUCUCUUCUAUUUCUAACAGGUGCCUUAAACUAACUGUUUUGUACAUGAGUCGUUAUUAUUAUUAUUAUUAUUAUUAUUAUUAUUAUUAUUAUUAUUAUUGUAAAACUAUAACGAGUCUCGGAUUCCAAUUGUAUUCGCAGCACGCCUACCAAGUUUUUCAUGGACAGUACUUAUUUAUUUGUUGUUAAUAAAACACUCAGUGAAAAGA